AUGAGCCACACGAAGAUCCCUGGAAUAUCGUCUCAUAAGAGACCCUUGGGCUCACCGGAGCGCCUCGGCAUGUCCAACAAGCGGGCCCAUGUUCUGGGAGACGUUACGAAUACGAUAGCGUUAAGUGAACAUUUCAAGAACAGUCAUCGGAAAUACACUAUGCCGUCUACUUCUGUGGCAGAUCCAAACAUGCGACUUAUGAACAGAUACUACUAUGGAGAUCCGAAGGUAAUUGAGGAGGUUAAGAAAAGAGAACGCAAAAUAGCCCGGGAUAUUCAGCAUUUCCGGAAAUCUAUUGUGGAGAUUGAUACAGAGACAAGGAUAGUGCGCGAACGAGAUCUGCCGGAUCUAAGAUAUGAGACAUCGAAGAAAAAUGCAUUGUGCAACGAACUGCGAAAAGAACUGAUAGAUUUCACCACUAAGCUCGAUGAAAGGGCCAACGACUGUGAAACUUUGAAGAGAGACGCAGAAUUUGAUCUUCGACACAUCCAGCUUAAACACCAGGUUGCACUGCAAGAGAUUCAAAACGAAUUGGACCUGAAUAUCACUAAAUGUACUGCCGAAUGGGAUGCUAAGCUGCGAGAAAUUGAUAACGAACAACCCGAUCCGGUCGUUCUCGCUGAAAUUGAGAACCUGCAAAAAGAGAAACGUCUGCGUGAAACGCAAGUUGAAGCAUUGGCCGCCAGUAAUGCAUCAGCAUGCAAGAUGAAAAGCCAGGAAUUGGAUCUACUGUUGGAGAAACUUUUGACAGAGAAGAAAGAACCGUUGCACGCAUUGCGGGCAAAAGGCGAGGAAAUUCAAAAAGACAACGAUAUGCUCAAAAGGGAAGCAGAGUCAGUAAAAGAUCAAAUUGCCCAAUAUGAAGAUCGUUGUUCUGAAUUGAUGCAACAAAUUUCGACAGUAGAUUCGCUAAUCACAGAAUGUAUGAACGAACGAACAAAAAAUGUCGAGGCCAAGAACAACGCAGAAGCCACAUAUUUGGAGUGCAAAACAGCCACUGAUGUGAUCCAGGAAAAGGCUCUUGUUAUAGAAACACAAUACAAUCAGGAGUUUGAUAAGAUGGAAAAAGAGCAGAUUAGAAGAAGAGUCAUGGAAAACAGCAUUGACGAGCUUCGUGGUAAGAUUCGGGUUUUCGCAUUCAUCGGUGAUGAGCUCGUCGAAAACUCAGAUGUGGACUAUUCCUCAAAGACAAUUUCCUUGAAUGAGACAAAAUCUUGUUUGUUCAGUAGGAUCAUACCACGAAAACUUAUUAGCGAACAAGAGCUGAUUAACCAAGAGUGUGAGCCUUUUUUUCUAAUGUGUUUGAACAAACAACUCAAUUUCAGCCUGUUGUCUUCCCCCACUGGUAGGCAACAGCAUUUGAAGAAAGCAUUUUUAGAGUUCCUCCUCACAAAAGAAAGUAAAAUCAUGACGCAAUACGUUUCUCUCUCUGAAGGAUCAGAAUCUUGUGACCUGUUUCUACCAAUAGAACAGAAUGCGAAAGAAGAUAUCCAGCUCGUCUUGAAGAAGGACGCUAUUGAAAUCAAUUCAACUGUGCUUGAAAUGCGAUCUACACAAGAUGUAAAUGAACAAUCAGCUUUCCUGGAAACCAAUGCGGGGUCUGGAAAUGUUGGAAUUUUGAAGGCAGAGAUAUGGAGAGACCAAAUUAAAUGCUGUGAAGCUUACUACCUGGAGAUCAACGACCCGUCGACGAUGGAGAAGUUGGCCAACCUUCGCGAUACCGCUCCUGCCACAAAGCCGCCCUUGGCUAUAAUAUUACAGACGCUUUUGUUGAAAACAAAAUCUCUUUUCCUUUUCAAUCUUUUCGACGGCGGUACAGCGAAAGCCAGCACCCUACUGGACAGUGCAUGCCACAUCAGUCAUCUCGAGGCGUCACAGACGCCUACGUAA